AUGGGAUCGAUAGAGCAAUCUUCUCUGCCGGCUGAUUUCGUUUGGGGCUUUGCGACCGCAGCCUAUCAAAUUGAGGGCGCUGUGACCGAGGAUGGACGUGGUCCUUCCAUUUGGGAUACGUUUUGCAAGGUUCCGGGCAAGAUCGCUGGCGGAGGAUCCGGUGAGGUCGCGUGCGACUCGUACCACCGUACGCAUGAGGACAUUGAAUUGUUGAAGACAUGCGGUGCUAAGGCAUACCGGUUUUCGCUAUCAUGGUAUAACCCUACAAUCCGUUUUCAGCAACUUAACCUUUACAAGUUGCCUCGCAUCAUUCCCCUGGGCGGCCGCAACGAUCCUGUCAACGAGAAGGGCCUACAGUUCUAUGUGAAGUUUGUCGAUGACCUCAUUGCUGCGGGCAUUACCCCCUUGGUGACACUCUUCCACUGGGAUCUUCCUGAUGAAUUGAACAAGCGUUAUGGCGGUUUCUUGAACAAGGAGGAGUUUGUUGCGGAUUUUGCAAACUAUGCCCGCCUGGUCUUCAAGACCUUCGGAUCCAAGGUCAAGCACUGGAUCACUUUCAAUGAGCCCUGGUGCAGCUCUGUACUUGGAUACAACACGGGUUCUUUUGCGCCUGGGCACACGAGUGAUCGUACCAAGAGUGCCGUGGGUGAUAGUUCAACGGAGCCAUGGGUUGUGGGCCAUAGCAUUCUUGUCGCGCACGGUGCAGCGGUGAAGAUCUACCGUGAUGAGUUCAAGGCACAAGAUGGUGGCGAGAUCGGUAUCACAUUGAAUGGUGACUGGGUUGAGCCUUGGGACCCCGAGAACCCGGCCGACGUGGAGGCCUGCGAUCGCAAAAUCGAAUUCGCUAUCUCAUGGUUUGCCGACCCUAUUUAUCAUGGCAAAUACCCAGACAGCAUGAUCAAGCAACUAGGGGACCGUCUGCCCGCGUGGACGCCGGAAGACCUCGCCUUGGUGCACGGGAGCAAUGACUUCUACGGAAUGAACCACUACUGCGCAAACUUCAUCCGUGCCAAGACAGGAGAGCCCGACCUCAACGACGUUGCAGGAAAUCUAGAGCUGCUCCUGGAGGACAAGAAUGGUGUCAGUAUCGGUCCGAUCACUCAGUCACCCUGGUUGCGACCUUGCGCGCUGGGAUUCCGGAAGCUUCUCAAGUGGCUGAGUGAGCGCUAUGGAUAUCCUAAGAUCUAUGUCACAGAGAAUGGAACCAGUGUGCUAGGCGAGAGCGACAUGCCACUGGAACAACUGCUUGAUGAUGAGUUCCGUGUGCAAUAUUUCAAGGACUACAUUGGUGCUAUGGCGGAUGCGUAUACGUUUGAUGGAGUCAACGUUCGCGCCUACAUGGCUUGGAGUCUUAUGGACAACUUCGAGUGGGCCGAGGGUUAUGAAACCCGAUUUGGUGUGACUUAUGUUGAUUAUGAGCACGAUCAGAAGCGGAUUCCGAAGAAGAGUGCUACGAGCAUUGCUCAGAUCUUUGAACGACUCAUCGAGAAGGCCUAG